AUGAUGGCUACUGGCAUGCUUGGAGAAGAUGGCAUCCACAUCGACAUGAACCAUCUCAAGAAGGGCGAAGUCAACUUAGGGACUUCCAUCAUGGCGAUCAACUUCAAAGACGGCGUCAUAUUAGCCGCCGAUAGUAGAACCACGACAGGCGCCUACAUUGCGAACCGUGUCACCGACAAACUCACACAGGUGCAUGACACUAUCUGGUGCUGUAGGUCGGGGUCAGCUGCCGACACCCAGGCGGUUGCGGACAUUGUUCAAUACCACCUGGGCAUGUAUGGCGCCACCAACGACGAGCCACCGACAACACAAACAGCGGCAGCGAUAUUCCAGGAGCUCUGCUACUCCAACAAGGACCAACUUUCCGCGGGAUUGAUUAUCGCUGGAUGGGACCACCGACAUGGCGGACAAGUGUACUCGAUUCCCCUCGGAGGCUCGCUGCACAAGCAAGCCUAUGCCAUUGGUGGCUCGGGCUCAACCUACAUCUACGGAUACUGCGACGCAAACUGGAGGGAAAACAUGAGCGAGGAGGAAGGCAUCAAGUUUGUCAAGGGAGCGCUGGCCGAAGCCAUCAAGUGGGAUGGUAGCUCUGGCGGUGUCAUUCGUAUGGUGGUACUCACUGGACAGGGCGCACAGCGUCACUUGUAUCUACCCGAUCAAAACUACGAGGGACCAGGAAGGCAGUAG